AUGGAGCCCCCCUCGGCGGACAGCGACCCGCUGGUGGUCCCUGGAGCCACUCUGCGCCGUCUGAUGGGUCUGUGGCGGCCUCAAGGCCGGGUCGCACGCCGCCUCAACGGACUGCUCGCCGGCUUCAUUAUUGCCACCCUCGCUUUUCUGCCCGCCUGUGUGGCUCUCAAGCUGUACGUGGACCCUCCGGAAGAGCUUGAGCGGAUCACACUCUGCAGCCUGGCCACUUCUAUCUGCAUCGGAUUUCUCUUCAAGGCGGUGCUGUUCGUGGCACAGGGAGCAACGCUGCGGCAGACGGUGCGACAGAUGGAGGACAUCAGGAGGCGGUUCGGCAGCGGAGAAGAGAAUCAGCGGACGCGGCGCCGGUACCAGAAGCUGUCAAACAGCGUCUACCUGCACUACCAGAUGGUGGCGGUACCGGCGGUGAUCGGCUGGGUCCUCUGCCCGCUGCUGUCCCGCACCGUCAUGAGGUCCGACGAGGACCACCAGGAGGUUCCUCGACAGCUCCCUGUUCCCGUAUGGCUCCCAGUCGACGUCUAUGCGUCGCCAACAUACGAGCUCCUGUAUGUUGUCCAUUCCUUCUGUGCUCUGGUUGCAGCCGAGUCCAGCGUCUGCACGGACAUCUUCUUCAUUCAUAUGAUGCUAAUGGUUGCAGCCGAGUUGGAGGUUCUGAACGAUAACAUUUCUGCCAUGCGACACUUUAAUAUGCGUAUGACGAGCACCAGGAGACAGGAAUAUGUUUCUAGAAAUGAAAGUGAUGUCGGACGAUCGUCGACACUUAACAGUGACCAGCCCCUUGGUCAACAGACAAUGACAGAGAAUGUUGAACACGAGUGGAUUCAUCAACAACUAGUGAAGAACGUGCUUCACCACCAGGCCAUUUUAAGUAUGCAGAAUAUAUCUCUGAGACUGUUUAGUAACAUUCCAAACUAUUUGACACAGAGAGGACAUCCACCUCCACGACAAUUACAGCUGGUGCAGAGAGAUGGAAAUGUAGGAAAGGCGCUGAAUGCCCUUUUCUCGAUACCUGCUCUCCUGUAUGAAACUAGGAUGUACUGCAUUUAUGGGCACAUCAUGACCGACCAGAGCGAGAAGCUGACGAACUCUGCCUUCAGCUGCGGCUGGGUUCACACUGACGCUCGUUUCACACGCAGCCUCGUCAUCUUCAUGACGGCGUCUGUGCGUCCGAUCGUGAUCACGGUGGGCAAGACGUGCAAGCUGUCGAAACAGAUGUUGCUCCAGGUUGUCGUGGUAGCCGCUUUGAUCGAGUGGCUGUCGUCGCCGCUGGUCUCCCGAGUUGUUCUGGGGGACGACGAAAGCAGCCGCCAGCUGCCGCUGCCCAUCUGGCUACCUUUCGAUGCCUACGUGUCACCCGCUUACGAGAUUGUGUACGCUGCUCAGUCCAGCGAGAAGCUGAUGCAGUCGGCUUUCAGCUGUGGCUGGACAGAGUGCGACAUCCGCUUCAGACGCAGCCUGCAGAUCUUCAUGACGUCGUCAGUGCGACCGGUCGAGAUCACAGUAGGGAAGACGACCAAGCUGUCUAAGCAGACGCUGCUCCAGGUCAGUACUGAUCCAUCUCCCAACAGCCGGGAAAUAACAUCCCUGUAG